AUGUUCUCUCGACGAAAUGCUCAUAAGCCCGACCAGAUUUUUAUUAGUCGCUUCCGAAAUGAAUUUGGGGACCUGGUGUCGAAGCAAAGUAUCAAUGUGAACCAGGGCGCACACAAUUUAAUGCCUCAAAUCGUCCCGGAUGAGGCAAAUUUCGACACUAACGUGAGAGGAAGGACUCAUGAGCAGAGCCUCGACGCCGAGCGUGUCCCCUGGGCAUCACGGGCAUCAGGCUCACCAUUCUCGUGCCUGGAUCCGGAGGCACUUUCUCUGCAAUAUGAAUUUGGUCAGCACCAAACCCCCCAUCACCAUGGCUUCUCAGAAAGAGGCAAUAUCUUCCACAACCCGGCUGGAGAGUUCGAGCUUCUGGAUCCGUAUCAAAUAUCGAGCAAUGGCCCAUUUGCCCAACAGGAGUUCCCUACAUUCCCCAAACCACCCCACCGCGAUUCUGGCUAUGAGACAAUGGAUAGUUCCUCUGAAGAUUUGUCUAUGAACCUCAGCACGAAGACCGACUCCGUUGGGAUGGACGACUCUCUGGAAAUGUCCUCUGGCGAACAAUUUCGAUACAAAGUCUCACUGCUGGCUGCAACGGCAAUGUUUAAUCCAGCCAAGGAGGAUCCAGUCACAUACCUCAACAAAAGUCAAACAUAUUCACUCAUUAUAAAAGAUUCCCAUUCACCACCGAUGGGUUCUGGUCAGGUCAGAUACCGCACAUACGUCCGUGUAUCUUUCGAUGAUCAAGAGCAACGAUCAAGGCCGGCCGCUUACUGGCAAUUAUGGAAUGACGGUCGGGCCAAGACUGAGGCUCCUCGUCACGGCGGAAGGCUACACGCGGUGGAAUACGCGAAUGUGGCUCGAUCUCACAUCGUAAACUUCGAUCAAAGACAAAUUCGCCUGGAAGCCGCUUCGUUUGAUGGAUUCUGUGUUACUUGGUCCGGAGGUCCAGACACUGGUUCCUCCGAGUGUGCUCUUGGUGUACGGUUCAAUUUCCUGUCGACCGAUUUCAGUCACUCAAAAGGUGUGAAAGGGGCGUCGGUCAGACUAUGCGUGAAGACGGAAAUGAUACAACCGGAUGACCGCACGUUAGAGUAUAAGCCGGAGGUAUGCUUCUGCAAAGUGAAACUAUUUCGGGACCAUGGUGCCGAGCGUAAGCUCUCCAAUGAUGCCGCGCAUAUCAACAAGACAAUCGAGAAGCUCAGAAAGCAAGUGUUUGAAGCGGGAACAAGUGGUGGAUUGAAAUUUGAGAAACAGGGAAACCUUCCCAUGAAGAUUGCGAAACGUUACCGCAAGUCAAGGCGCGGAUCUUCAGAAAAACAAAUAACGGGAGGUCUUCAUGCCGAGAUAGAUGCGCUGCAGCGCAUGUUCUCUUCGGUACGUCGAGUGAGCAAGCUUGAUUUGCGGGGUCAUGAAUAUGAUGACCCUGAUCUCUACCCCGUUCAGCUUGGCGCUGAUUCUCGCUCGAGUCCCAACAAUGAAUCCCCCAUGAAAACAGUGGCGGGAGUGGCAGGUCAUCUUCAAAGAAAUGAUAGCGUUGCUUCAGCACUGGCGGGUAUGCAGCUUGCUCAACCUGACGAGCUGAACAAGUCUGUCAGUCUGGAUACUGCCAGACGAGCUUCGGAGGGGGACUUGUGUGCAGUCGCCAGUAUCAUGAAGGCCAUUGAUGUCGACGUGAAUUACAGGCCACCAAAGAUCGCACCCAGAUCGGGUAAGUCUCAUGCUAGCCCUAGUAAAGCCGUUUUUGCAGUCACUAAUCUUAUCAUAGUUGCCUGCUUUUAUGUCCGGUUUAUCAGAAACGGAAAGAAUGUCUCAGACUACUACCAUGCCAUCUAUCUCGCGGAGCGCACAGCCUGGAAUCUGAUGGAAAAAAUAUCAAUGAAGCAACAGAUCGACCCAUCGAGCAUUGUUCAUGUUUUUCACGUGAAAAGAAACGGGCUGAGGAUCGUUGUGGACGAUGACGUUGUGCGAGAGCUCCCUGAGGGACAGGACAUGGUAGUCGAAAUAUGCGAAGGAUCGAGGGGGAAUGAAAAUGACGGAGGCGUGGAAUUCACAGGCACAGAAGUCAAAUUAAUCUUCUAG